CAGGAUGGCUGCAUCUGCACUUUUGAAGAGCCGUGUUCGCCGGCCCUCGUAUCUGAACAAGCUUGCUAAGGCUGAGGAUCUGAUUGAUCUGUUUCCUCAUGGCUCGUACAUCGGAUGGUCUGGCUUUACGGGCGUUGGGUAUCCCAAGAAAGUGCCCAUUGCUCUGGCAGACCACGUCGAGAAGAACAACCUCCAAGGCCAGCUCAAGUACAACCUCUUCGUGGGCGCUUCGUCCGGUGCGGAGACGGAGAACCGCUGGGCACGGCUGAACAUGAUUGAGCGCCGCAGCCCGCACCAGGUCGGAAAGGAGAUCGCAAAGGGAAUCAACAAUGGCAACAUCAAGUUCUUUGAUAAGCAUCUCAGCAUGUUUCCCUCGGACUUGGUCUAUGGCUACUACACCAUGAACAAACCGAACAAGAGGCUGGAUGUCGCCGUUAUCGAGGCUUCGGCCAUCACCGAGAAUGGCGGCAUUAUUCCCGGUGCUUCAGUGGGCGCUUCGCCCGAACUCAUUCAGAUGGCCGAUAAGGUCAUUAUCGAGGUCAACACCGCCAGUCCGUCGUUUGAGGGCCUGCACGAUAUCGUGCUCUCCGACCUUCCCCCCGGCCGUAAGCCGUACUUGGUCAUGGCUCCCGAGGACCGUAUUGGAACCUCUUACAUCCCCAUCGACCCCGAGAAGGUCGUUGCUAUCGUCGAGUCCGACUACCCGGACCAGACACAGCCCAACGCUCCGGAGGACGAGGCCUCGCAGCAGAUCGCCACGAACCUGAUUGAGUUCCUCAAGCACGAGGUGAAGCACGACCGCCUGCCUCCCAACCUGCUUCCAAUUCAAUCCGGCAUCGGCAACAUCGCGAACGCCGUCGUCGGCGGCCUCUCCAAGGGCGGCGCAGACUUCACCAACCUCAAGGUCUGGACCGAAGUCCUGCAAGACUCCUUCCUCGACCUCUUCGACAGCGGCAACCUCGACUUCGCCACCGCAACCUCGAUCCGCUUCUCCCCCGACGGCUUCAAGCGCUUCUACGACAACUGGGAGCGCUACGCCGGCAAGCUCCUCCUCCGCUCCCAACAAGUCUCCAACUCGCCCGAAAUCAUCCGUCGCCUUGGCUGCAUCGGCAUGAACACCCCCGUCGAAGUCGACAUCUACGCGCACGCCAACAGCACUUGCGUAAUGGGCUCGCGCAUGCUGAACGGCCUCGGUGGAUCCGCCGAUUUCCUCCGCAACUCCAAAUACAGCAUCAUGCACACGCCCUCCACCCGGCCCAGCAAGACCGACCCCACCGGUGUCAGCUGUAUCGUUCCUUUCGCUACGCAUGUCGAUCAGACGGAGCACGAUCUUGACGUCAUCGUUACCGAGCAGGGUCUUGCUGACGUGCGUGGUUUGUCGCCGAGGGAGCGCGCUCGCGUUAUUAUUAAGAAGUGCUCGCACCCCGAUUACUACCCUAUUCUUACGGAUUAUCUGGAUCGCGCCGAGUUUGAGUGCUUGCGGAAGGGUAUGGGCCAUGAGCCGCACUUGCUUUUCCAGGCUUUCAAGAUGCAUCAAAACUUCCAGGAGAAGGGCACUAUGAAGAUUAGCUCUUGGGACUAA